AUGCGAAGCAAGCUCUUUGUUACACUUUUUAUAACUUGUCUGGUGACGCUUUCAUAUGUUCAGGUGCUAGGGAAAGAACAUUUCAGCGGAUUUGUGAACAAAAAAUUAAAGAAUCUUUUACAAUGUAACCUGGUGGCGUAUUACAACCUCAGAGACAAUGGACCCGAUCCGAAUUCCUUCCUCGACUUUGUCGGGGAGCCGGAGCAAUUCUACUGGUUUAUAGAACAUUACCUGUCGGUGCCAUUCAGUAUCCCGAAGAAUAUGAAAAAUAAAAAAGGGAACAACUUUAAGUCAUGCGUCAACAGAUCGUGGGUAUCCGAGUUCUUAAGGAAAUAUGAAGAACCAGAUAUAAACGAAUUAAUGAAAUUUUUAGAUAAAGAACAGAAGGUGUAUUUUUCAUACACCUUUGAAAAUGUAGAACCCGUUGCAAAGUACACAUCCUUUCCUCUAAAGGAAUUUCACAAGUACUGCAUCUUGCCACCUCUGAUAGAAACAAACAUUAAGCAGAAGGACAGUGGAAAAAUGCUCUCGUUACAGUUAAAUCGAGAGGAAUAUAAAAUAUAUUUAAGUUCCGUCGGAACACCAAUGUCUGCUUUAAAAAAUUUAUAUCUAAGUAUGGAAGAUGGAGAGAAAAAAGGCAUCUUGAAAAACAUCGUGGAAACUAAAGGGACAAAUGAUGUGUUUGUAAACUGUCCAGUUUAUGAUUUAAAAUUGCAUUACAAUAAAGAGUGUGGUUCUCAGCCGAAUAUUUUAAAAUGUCUUGAUAAUUACAUAAAAGAAUUAUGUGAAAGAAGAAUAUCAGGUCCCUAUGUUCAAAAUUUUAAGAAAUUUUUAACCAGGGGUGACGUACAUUUAGUAAAACCACAAUCCGUUUGGGGAAUUCCUUUGUUUACUACAUACAAGCCUAGAGAUAUACAGAAUUCCAAGAAUAAUGUUCCUUCUGAUGUUUUUAAAGUGUUGAGCAGCAAGAACAAAUUGUUUUUAUCUUUCUUCGAUGAAAUACCCAAGAGUCCCUACUACAUGGAGGAAUCUCAGCCGCUCAUCAAACUGAGCGACUUCGCCUCCAGCAUUUUUGACAAGCUUCAUAGAUUCUUUUACGCUUUCAAGAAGAAGGGAAAUGAAAUAAGUCCCGUUUCAAUCAAAGAAUUAAUCCACAACAUCAGCGAUUUUAGCCUUAAACAUGACACAAUUGAGUGCAAAGCUGUGAAGAAGAGUUUGAACCUGGAUCUGGAAGUCGAAGUUGCAAAGGGAGUGGCUGCAGAAAAAAUUUGCAAAAUCAUUGAAGGUUUAGUCCUGAUCAAAGGGAAAAAGGAAAAAUCAGUGAAAAAACAAAUGGACGAUGUACAUAAAGGAUUUCGUAUGCAAUGCAUUUUAAUAGGAACUCAUGUAGAGGCAUUCAACAUUGUAAGGCAACUUUUAAACAUGGAAAGCAUGCUAUCCUUAACAAGAUAUACCUCUUUAUAUUUACACAAAUUUUUUAAAAGUGUAACUAACCUGAAAGAAAAAUUUUUAUAUGAAAAUCCAAUUGCAAUAAGACAUGCUCGUGCAUGUGGUAGAGCUAUUUUGCAUGUACCGGCAGUUCUGUACAGACGAAACAUAUACAUAGCGGAGACAUUUUUGUCAUUAUAUUUGGGUCUCUCCAAUUUAGUUUCUUCCAAUCCAAGUAGUCCCUUUUUUGAAUAUGCGAUCAUUGAAUUUUUAGUUUCUUACUUCAAUAAAGGUUCCGAGAAGUUCCUUCUUUACCUAUUUUCUAUCGUUUCGGUUCUGUACAUUAACAUCUACUACUAUGAGCAGUUGUAUUGCCACCACAGAGAGCAGUUUGAGCUUUUAAGGUCAAAGAUGAUUCACCCAAAUGUCGCAGAACGUAUUUUAGAAAAUAUUAAAACGUUGAUGAAGAGCCCCAGGUACACGAAGAUGCGUUCCUUUUACAUGAAGUUUGAGAGUGAGGAUAUGUUUGACAAGAGGAAGGUUUUCGAGGUGCUGUACUCCUUCGACGAAUUCCUAAACAGCUCAGACGCUCAGCAGAAGGCGAAAAUGCAGGAUAUAUCAGACGAGUCAAUCGAUUUAGACACCACGAGUGAUGGAAUUGGGUUGAGAAAAGAAGAUCUCUUUUUUGAGUCAGAACAAGGUUCCAUGGAGUCUGUGGAUGACAUGGAAGAAGGUCUCGAAGGAGUUGAUACAAACCAACGGAAAAAGGCAGCUGAGUAUUUAAAAAUGGUUUCAGAUGAGGAAAAAGCGAAUCUGGCGGAUAAGAAUAAGGAGUUAGAAUUAGAUUUAUAUAAAUAUAUAGGAACUCUAAACCAGGCUAGCUUAGGAGUUGGAACUAUUUCUUCCCAUUCCCCCAGCACUGCUGCUCGGAUGGGACUUAGUUCAGCCGGAAGCGGAGCUAUUAGACCGGCGUCCAAAGGCGUGAAUCAAAGAUUAGCACAAAUGGGAAAAGACCUUAAAAGGAUGAAAGGAAAGGAUGCUUCGAAACUUAGAAAAGGAGCCGAUUUCUACGAAUCAACGGUUUCUCUUAACCAAGCACCUUCUGAUGAAUCUACCAGUGAGGGAAAAGGGUCUAAUACAAAUGUGUCGAUAGAGUAG